AUGGACGAGUCACACGAUACGCCGUCGGGGUCGAGACCUCGAGCAAGCACCACGGUCAGAGAAGAGACUGUCAGUCCAACAACUAUCCCCGCCGUCCAGAGGUCGUCAACCGGUGACUGGGAAGGUAUUUCGCCCACAAGGGCCGGUUUUCUGUCCGGCGAUGGAACCAGCAUUCGCCAAAGAAGGUCGACUGCUACCCGUCGCAGUGGUUCGGCCGGCGUGCCCAGUAUUGCGCCUCGGACCACCCUGGCCGAGCGGACUCAGGGCAACUUCACUAUGGCUGGUCCAGAAGAAACGCCUCAACUGCACUUGACUCAUCAGCCUUUUGUCCAACCCGGUUACGCCGAACUCAACCCAUCGUACGAACAACCUGCCAAUGCCAAACCAGUAUGGAGUUUGGCAAAGCCUCUUCCUCGCGUCGUCCGGCCCGGUAUGGUGCCAACCAGGGAGGAGCUGCUGGAAAACCGCGCAAAUCCGCUGCUUCCAGCCGAGAAUUCACAGAGGCUAGGGCUAGAUGUUGACCCCAAUGAUCUCGAGAAAGGUCAGAUUCCCAAAGUAGUUGACCCGCGGAAGAUGGCCGCCCAGGUCACGGAUGCCCGCUUACAGCGUGAAACCAACUUCAUAAACACUGUCCUUAAUGGCGGCGAUGGCACAUCUGUGCAGCCAUCGUCACGCUUGUCUCUGAGAUCAUCUCGUCUGAGACGCCCUUCCAGACCUUCACGGUGGGAGGAUGGUGUUGAAGAGCUUUCGACUGUCGAGGAAAGUGUGGAUCAGUCUCAGAAAGACAACGAGACGGAAGAUGUGAGUAACGAACCUUUGCAAUCUCCGCAGGAGGCGCCGAACUUGGAUCCUCAUCCGGACGCAAAACCUGCAGAAGACACACCGGAAAACUUCCCCUCACUUGAAGAAGCAGCGUAUCCGGAUGAUCUACACCCGCUGCUUCAAGAACUGGUGGAAGAAGAAGUCCACAACAACCACACAGUCUGGUCAGUCAUCCGCACACACCAUCGAGAAGCACUAGCCGAGUCGUUAGCAGUCUUUGUUCAACUUACUCUCGGCUUCUGUGGUGAUCUUGCUGUUACCUUGGCGGCAGCUGGUAACCCCAACACCACUGAUUGGGUAUGGGGAUUUGCUACCAUGAUGGCCAUUUAUGUUUCUGGUGGUAUCUCCGGUGCCCACCUUAAUCCAACCAUCACAGCCAUGCUGUGGUUUUAUCGCGGAUUUCCCAAGCGUAAAAUGCCCGAAUACUUUCUGGCACAGUUUAUCGGUGCCUUCUGCGCCGGUCUUGUCGCUUAUGGAGUCUACUAUGAAUCCAUCCAGAAUUUUCUUUCUGUCAACCCUGGUUCUCAGUCGAGCAUUGUUGAUUCCUUUGUGACCAGCCAGCGUGAAGACUACAUCGGCCCUGCAACGGCCUUCUUCAACGAGUUUGUGGGCACCGCCAUCCUCACCAUCACUAUCCUCGCCCUGGGUGAUGAUCAGAACGCACCACCAGGCGGUGGUAUGAACUCACUCAUCAUUGGCUUCGUUAUUACGGUCACCAGUAUGUGCUUUGCCUUUCAGACUGGCGCUGCAUUCAACCCAAGCCGUGACUUUGGCCCGCGACUCGCACUCCUUGCAUUGGGGUACGGCAGUGAACUCUUCACAAACCCAUAUUGGUUUUAUGGACCGUGGGCUGGAUCUUUGACUGGAGCUUUCAUCGGUGCAUUCAUGUACGAUUUCAUGGUUUUUACUGGUGGAGAGUCCCCUGUCAACUACCCCUGGGAACGUACCCAGCGUGCCUUGCGGAAGAGCCGUAGCAAGUGGGGUCGCAGGCUUCAUCUUACUUCCAAAGAAGGCGAGGAGAAAGUGAACCAGUAG